GCAUAAUACCAGCUAUACAGACAACUGUUUGCACUUGGGCACCAGACCACGAAAGGAGCUUAUUUUCCAUUAUUUUUCUAGGAAUAUGUGUUGGAACCCUCGUAUCUAUGGCGGUGACGGGUAUUUUGUGCGAGACCAUCGGCGGCUGGCCGCUUUCCUUUUACUUUUUCGGAGGAGUCGGACUGCUGUGGUGUGUGCCAUGGUUCUUCCAGGCUGCAGAUUCGCCGUCGCAGCAUCCGUACAUCGACCCAGCCGAACGUAACUACAUCAAGGCCACAAUACAGUCAGCUGCUAAGAAGAAGCUGCCUGUGCCGUGGAAGAGCAUUAUGUCAACGCCAGCUGUCUGGGCUCUCAUCGCUAUCAUGAUUACCUUCGACUGGAUCUUCUAUCUUCUCAUCACAUCGUUGCCGCAGUACAUCGCCCAAGUCUUGCACUUCGAUAUACGUAGUAAUGGGAUCAUAUCAGCCAUUCCUCACAUCACUGGUGGUGCUGGCAAUUUGGUAUUUGUGUGGUUCACUGGUUUCCUGCUCCGGAAAGGACGCGUGUCCAAAACCUGCACGUUCCGCAUUAUAAAUGGAUUAGGCACCCUGGUGCCCGCAGCCGCACUGGUCGUGGUGGCACUGGUGGGCUGUGACAGCACCGUCAUCAUCGUGAUGUUGGCGCUUAGUGGCUUCUUCAUCGCCACAGACUGCACGGGCUCCUACCUCAACAUGCAAGCCAUCGCGCCCAACUACGCGGGCACCAUCGUCGGGAUCGUCAACAUGUUCGCCAAUCUAACGGGCAUCGCCAUCCCUUACAUCGUUGGUGCAUUCACCAACACCAAUCCAACGCGUUCCGCUUGGAAUGCCGUCUUCUACCUGUCGUCUGCGGUGGCCGCCGUGUCGUACUUAAUAUACGCUGUGUUCACUACCGCUGACGAGCAGCCAUGGAACGUGCCACCCUCAGAAAGAGCACAGAAAGCAACCGCCAAUGAAGGUAUCGAGAACAGAGCGUUUGACAAAGGCGUAACACCGAUGGCUGAUGGAGACAGGACGCAGAAAGGUCGUUGGAAAGCCAACGUACCUUAGAAUCCGUCCCUUGGACACUGGAACUCUGUGCGUCACUGUGGUCGAUGCAGCUACGCAACAUCGUCGUUGGUGCAGACAACACGAACUCUGUGGUCAUCAGUAAGGAGAGAAAAUGCUUACAGCACCGUGCGUACUGAGGAUCUCUUUCUGCCGCGCCACGCCAUCACCGUGACCAAGAGAGCAUCAGUUACCAUCACGACCAGCUAUAACCAUUGUGGUCGCCCUCGGCAAGGAACCACCAUCGAAAUUCUGCUAACAAUUUUUCUAAACUAAUUGUGUGCAGAAUUGUGAGUCGAGUGUCAGGAAGAGCACGAGCUCAUUUCUUCGCAAAUUUAAAUCCAAGUUCAUUCUCAAAUACAUGAUUUAUACCUUCACUAAA